GAUGCCUGUCAGCUCGUGGACCGCAGCAUGGGAAGGCUUUCGGUGACAUUAUCCACAGAGAAGCUUUUUAAAGUUUUAGUCAUUGGGGAUCUGGGGGUUGGGAAAAGCAGCAUUGUCAUGCGUUAUGUUAAUAAACGCUUUGAUGAAACAUACAAAGCAUCCAUUGGAGUUGACUUUGCCCUAAAGACGAUUGAAUGGGAUCCCAAGACAGUGGUGAGACUACAGCUUUGGGAUAUUGGAGGCCAAGAGAGGUUUAAGAACAUGUCCAGAGUGUACUACAAAGAGGCGAUGGGAGCAGUAGUGGUCUUUGACAUUACAAACAGCUGCACCCUGGAGGCUGCCUCUGAGUGGAAGCAAGACCUGGAUACCAAAGUGCGUCUUGACAGUGGCCAACCGAUCCCUGCUGUACUGCUGGCCAACAAAUGCGACCUGACGGGGAGAGAUGGAGCCUUGGUGUCCUCUCUGGACAGCUUUUGUAAAGACAACAGCUUCCUGGGCUGGUUUGAGACUUCUGCUAAGGAAGAUAUAAAUAUUGAAGAGGCAGGUGCCUUCCUUGUCAAGCAAAUAAUGCUGUGUGACACCAGCCUGUCCGCUGAAGAGCACCACUGGGAUGGGAUCAGAGUGAACCAGACUCCCACGGAGAGUCAGAGUCAGUCACUGUGCUGCGGGAGAUCACUGUUCUGA